AUGAGCUACCCUUCAAUUAACAGUUCCCUCGUAGAAGUAACAUCUAUCCUUAAAACCAAUUACAGAGUGUUUUUCAAGAAUGAAUUAGAUCAACCCUCUGGUUCUUUCAAGCUUAGAGGGCUCGGACAUUUAGUCGGCAAAUCGAUUCAGAAAGCAAGAGAAGAAGGCAAAAAAGGCGUCAAGGUAUUUUCAUCUUCUGGUGGAAAUGCAGGAUUGGCAGCUGCCUAUGCUUCUAAAUAUUACCAGGUCCCCUGUACUGUAGUAUUACCCAAGAUUUCCAAGCAGGUGGUGAUCCACAAAUUGGAAGAAUUGGGCGCCGAAGUAAUUGUCCACGGAAAUCAUUGGGGGGAAGCCGAUGAAUACUUGCGUGAAACAGUCAUCAAGCUGUCACCUUCUGACAUUUACCCAGUAUACUGUCAUCCAUUCGACAAUCCUACUGUUUGGGAGGGUCACGCUGCCAUUAUUGAUGACUUACCUGAGCAAUUCUCUGCUAGCGACUUAUCUAACUUGAAAGCUGUAGUUUGUAGUGUAGGAGGUGGAGGAUUAUAUAAUGGUAUAGUAGAGGGUUUAAAGAGAAAUAACCUAAACGAUGUAGCAGUGGUUGCGGUGGAAACAAAACAAGCCGCUUGCUUCCAUGAAGGAGUUAAGCAAGGGAAACUGGUCAGACUAGAGAAGGUUCCAACAUUAGCUAUUUCUUUGGCUUCUCCUUACAUUUCCGAGAAAUCGUUAGAAAAUUAUAAAUCUACAGAGAUCAAAACUCAUUUGGAGCUUAUCGACGAUAAGGAUUCCUUACAAGGUACAGUUGAUUAUUACGACACCUUCGAUAAGAGAUUGAUUGAACCAGCCUGUGGUGCAUCCACCUGUACAGUCAUGUCAAGAACAGAUUUGUUGGAUAAAUUGGAUUUGAAAGAAAACGACAUCGUUGUAGUAAUUGUAUGUGGUGGGGUUGCAAUCAAUGACGAAAUUCUUCAGGAGUAUAGAGACAUACUUAAAUAA